UUGUUUGGUUUUGGAGCAAAAGCUGAAAAUUGGCUGGAAAUUAUUGGUGAGAUUUUUGCGGGAAUUGAGGGUGAAAAAGGGUGUGAAAUUAUGUAAGUGAGAAUUUCUGAGGUUCUGCGGUUUUUUGGUGAAAAAAAGAGAGCGAAGAUUUUUCUUGAAAAUAAUUUUUUUUCACAAAGUUUUCAGCCAAUGGUUAGAUUUGAUUCUUGAUUCAAAAAUGCAAAAAAUGCUCUAAAAAUUUUCAGCAAAAUUAUUAUUUUUUUUUCUGAAAUUUUUUAAGCUGAAAAUCUCUUGAAAAUUGAACAUCUACAGUAAUCACUGAUAAAUUAUUAAUUUUAAAGGAACAUUCAUACAAAUAUUAGUUGUUAUUGAAAACAAUUACUCUAUAACAAUAACAAGACCAGUUUGAUCAACAAAUUCCAGUUUUCCCUCAAAUUCUAAUUACAAAUAUUUAAUUGAUAGAAUUUCCCUUCCAGCUGAAAUUCCCCCUUCCACAUUUUUUUCUGUCACCAAAAAAUCAAUCAAUAAUCCAGCAGAUGGUCCUUUCUUGUAUAUAUAUAUAUAUAUAAUUCCCCCUUUUUCUAUCCACAUCCCUUUUUCCCCUGCAAAACUAAAAAAAACUCACAAAACACACACUCACUCACUCACUCAACAGAAAAAAAAAACACUCAUCGCCUCGACGCGACCGCGUUCCUUUUCUUUCUUUUUUUUUGACGAUAUUGAUUAAUAUUUUUUUUAUAUAAUAAUUUUCAGAGGAGAAAGAGAUGUUGAGGAAGAAGAAGACGAGUUUGGCUGAAAAUCCGAGUAGCAGUAGUAGUUCGUGUAAUGGUUUGAGCAAAAGGAGAAGAAUGGGUGAGUUUUUUGGUAUUUGAAAAAAAAUUGGAAAUGAGAUAAGAAACAUAUAAUUUUGGGGGAAAAAUUUGAAAAAAAAACGUGAAAAAAAAACAAAAACUGAUUUUCUGUCUAGACACUCUCAUUUUCCCAUUGUCUCUAAUCAAAACAAUUUUCUGUAUAUUUUGUUUUUCAAUGUUUUUCUGCAUAGACUAAUGAAAAUCUACAGCUUGGUCUAGAAUCCCAAAUCCUAACUCAUUUUCUCUUUCAGAAUCCUCUCCACCACACGAAGAAUCACCCAUUCCACACACAGAAUAUCCAAUAUUUGAUUACGAACAAAAAUGUCCGAUUUUCAAAAAACUAGUGGUCGAUGAAGAAGAUAUGAAAGCCAGCGAAUUAAUAGAACUUCAGCAUGAACUAGAAGAAAUGCUUGCCAAAACAUCAAUGUAUUUGAGAAAGGCAAGAGGUGAAGUGCAAUAUUUAAUCGAUGGAGAAUAUCCGAAAGAGAAUCUAAGGAAGCGAUUAAUGCCAACUUAUGAAUUGAGAAGAGAUGAGACACCUGAAAGUCCAUCACCGACUGCAAUUUUGGAAAAAGAGGGGAUCUGUGGGUUGCCUGAAGAGGAUUUGGAUGAUUUAGAUGAUAAAAAUACACUUUAUCAUUUGCCAACAACGUUUUGGACGUGGUGUAGAGCGGAUUUUUUGAAAAAUGUUGAUGCUGAAUAUUUGCAAAAGUUCAAAGAACAAUUUGUAGAUAAGUAUAGUAAUGAAGAAAUGCAGCAAUAUUUUGUGAAUGAACCUUGGAAACAUCGGAAAAAGAUUAGGAAUGGGACAAAUACGAAAAAUGGAAAAGCUUCGACAUCAACAUCGAAUGGAAAGAAGGAUAAUAAUCGAAGGAAACGAAAGAGUUCAGUGGAAAAAGAAAAAGAUGGAGGGACUAAUAAUAAUAGCAAAAUUAUACCGAUUAUUGGAAGUAUGGUUGCAUCGGCGUGUAGAUCAGCACCUGAAACACCUGCAAGUUUGAGAAGAACACGGGGAAAUGAUCGGAAAUGUGAGUAUUUUUGGUUUUUUUUUAAAAUUUUUCUGAAAAUUGAUUCAAAACACCUUUCAUUAAAAAGCUCAAUUUCAAAAUUAAAGAAAAUCCACUGUUUCAAAAGUUCUACAGUCAAUAAAACUUCAAAUCUGUGAAUAAAAAAAAUAAAAACUUUUUUGUUAUAAAAUUUUUGAAACGGUGGAUUUUUGUAAUAUAGAAAAUUUUUUCAUAAUUAAGAUUUUUUUUUCGGAAAAAAAAUGAAAAAAAUAAAUUUUUCCACGUGGCUAAAUAAACUGAAAUUGGAGGAAUGGAUUUUUUGGAUUUCAGAAGAAGUUUGAUGUACGGUUUUUUGAAACAGUGAUUUUUUUAUAGAAACAUUUUUUCUAAAAAAUAUUUAAAAAUUGAAAUGUUUGAAGCCGAAAAAUGUUCGAACAAUUUAUAAAAUAACAUUUUUAGCACCAGAAGAUUUGUUGACACUAACAUCGAUUUCAAAAAUUCCUCAAAAUUUGAUAUGAAAUUUUUGAAACAGUGGAUUUUUACUAUAUCACACCUCGGCCAAAAUCGUGGUUGCCAUAAUAAAAAAUUUUACGCUAAAUUUUUACAGUACAAAAAUUGUGAAUUUUUCAGUUUUUGUCCUCUAAAAAUUGUUAUUUUUCAAUUUUUGACCUCUAAAAACUAAAAUUCAGAUUUUUUAAAAAAUUGAACUCUGGCCAGCCACGGCUUGGCCGAGGUGUGUGCUAUAGAGAAAAUUUUUCGUAAUUAAAAUUCUUGUCGCCAACAAUCCACGUGGCAAAAUGAACUGAAUUUUGAGAAAUUAAAAAAUUUCAAAAUGAAAAUUCUUAUGGGACUAUUCAAGUUAUUUUCUCAACGCUGAGAAAAGCGAAGAAAACCUAUUCAGGUAAGCUGAGAAAAUACGAAAAAAGUGGAGAAAAUACAUUUUCUCCGCAUUUCUCCUGUUUUCUCAGCGUGUUGAGAAAUUACUUGAAAAGCCCCAUUAGAGCCGAAAAUUACUUUUCCAAGCGUGACCCAUUUUCUUCUUUUUUUCUCUCAAUUUCGAUUUUUGAAUCAUUUCGAGAUAUUGUUCUUUCAGCUUCCUCUUCUUAUAAAUAUGAUCCAAUUGAAGUGCAAACCGACGAAGAAAAUUCCGAAGAUGAAGACGAUGAAAGACCAUUCGAAAAUGGAUGUGAAAAACAGCAGAGAACAAGUCCGAGAUGUAAGUUUUUCUCUGAAAUUGUCUGAAAAUUUAGGACAAACUUCAAAUUUUAGUUCCAAAAUAUCAGAAAUUCAUCCAAAAACCUCUAUUUUCAGUACAUUCACCAAGAAUAAUGAAAAAAGAAGAUGAUGAAUUCAAUGGUUUAUCACCAGUUAAUGGAAAUCGAAUAACAAAUGGCUCCUCGAAGAAAAAACUUUUGAGAAACGGUGAAAAAAAGAGCUCUGGAACAGCACAAAAUCUAAAUUUCGAAGCAAAAGAAUCCGAAACAUUGGAUAGUUUUGAUGCUUUAACAAUGGGUUCAACAUUAGUCAAUAAAUUAAUCGCCGCUGGAAUUGUGCAUUCAUCUUGUGCUCAUGUCUUCACACAAAUCACUAAAACUGACACGGAUUUGGCUGAAACAUCUGGACCUUUUGUUGAUGAAGAAGGAAGAGAUGAAGCGGAUGAUUCGGAUAUGGAUGAAUUAUCAGAGGAAUUGGAGAAAUGUCAGAUUAGAUUGCAGAAUUUGCAGCCGAGAUUGAAUGCGGUGAUGGCUUUGGCUUGGAGAACUGCCAAAGCACAGUAUUCGUAUUGGAAGACUUAUGAGGCCAUGAGAGCUGCUGAUUAUGAUGUAAGGGUUUUUUGGGUGGGAGCAGGAGAGGAGGGGGGGGUUUAAAAAUUUAUUCGAAAAAAAGUAUUCUCAAAAUUAUUUUCAUAAGCUCAUUCAGCUUUUUUAUUUCGCUGAAUGAGUUUUUUGUUUUGCUGAAAAUACAUAAGCUAGAAAUGAUUUAUCCAGGCCUUUUCAACCCGAACAGCUGAAAAUAAAGAAACUUUGACCGAAAUUGCUAGAAAAAAACUGAAACCAAAAAAUUUGUGCCCGAAAAAAUACGUUUUAAACAUUUUUGAUAUUAUUCCCUUAAUGUUCUCUAUCGAUAAUGCUUUAUUCAGUAGAAAUACUAAAAAAUUCUAAAUUUUAGAUAAACACGACUGAAAAUCCUAGAAACUCAUUCUGAUUUUGAAUAAAAAACUCUGUCUAAAUUUUUUCUUUUAAAUUUUCAACUGAACAUUAUCAGGAAAACUUUCCACCAGCCAAGUCUUGAAAUCCUAAUUAGCAAGAAUCCACGCCUAGAGAGCCUAGUUUCCAAGCAGCUAAGUCUAUUGAUCCUACUUCUCAAGUAGCGGAGCCUAGAGAACCUCUAAGCCAAGUAGCCAACCCUAGAAAUCAUAGUUCUCAAGCAGCUGAACCUAUGCAUCAAAUUCCACGUGUUCACAUUAUUUGUUGAGCAAAAUGUGUAAUAUUUAUAUGCUUUUAGGAUUACGGUAUUGUUGUAAUAGUUGAUUUUUUUUUUAAAUUUAAUAUAAAAAAUAUAUUGAGAUAAUGUUUUCCAUCCUAAAAAAUCAAAAAUAAAGCGGUUAAGAAAUUCCAACCACUUUUUUCAAAAAUUCUCCAAACUCAAAAUAAAAUUAGAGCUAAAAUUAUGUCUAGACAAAUAAUUUUUCUACAUAAAAAUCAUCUCAACUUUUCACAUCUUUCAAAAAUAAUGAAAAUACUCCUCUUAUUUUCCCUAAUUUCGCCAUUGAUUUGUUCCGUUGUCUUUGAAAAUUAUCCAUAUGGUUCGAGUGAAGAUUGGCCUCAAAUCAUUCCAACUACAACUGAAAUUCCAAAAACAACAACACCAAAACCAAUUUGUGCGAGGGGAAUUAGCGAUAAAAGAUGUCGAGCUUCGUAUAUUGAAGAACAGAAAAAAUUGAAAAAUGUCUAAUAUAAGCAUGAAUUUUUGAACUUGGGAUUCAGUUUUCUCGAAGUUUGGAAAAAAAUGAAAAUUUUCUUCAUUAUGACAAUUUUCAUUGAAUCGAUUUUUGCUGGACUUUUCGCUGGAUAUUCUUUUAAUUCUGCUCAAGUUACUACAACUCAAGAACCUACAAUAAGAAAAUGUGUUAUUGGAAUAAGAUAUUCGAAUUGUCGAUGAGAAAAUCUUGUUUUUUGAAAUGAAAUUUAUAUUUUCUAGUAGUUUUCGACGAUCCUGUUAUCAAAAAUUGCGAAGCUCAACUUCUAAUAUGAGUUAUGACUUGGCAAAGUUUGAAAACUCAUAUUAGGAGUUGAGAAACUAUGGGAAUCUUAUCAAAAUGUAAACAAAUUUUCAUGUUUUUUUUAGUUUAUAGUGUGAACUUAAUAUUGUUAAGUUCCUAAUUGCCUUCUUUUUGGAAAAAAUGUUAUCAGAAUUUUUUGUUGAAAAGAAGGAAUCUGAAAAAUAUGUCUAGACAUCGUUUGGAACUUUUUUCAAAUUGAAAAAAAAAUGAUAAAAUGACAAAAUUUGGUUUUUUGAAAAACAUUUGGAGCAAAACAUUUUAUGAUGAAUUUGAUCCAAAAUUGAAAGAUUUUUUUGGAGACCUGAAAAUUAGCUUCGGGGAAAUCUUUAUUUUCACACAAUAAAAUAUGAGAUUUUUCGUCUCAUCCAGUUUCAAUUCACAAUUUUUCCACACAAAAUAUGUUUUGCAGCUCUUCCGCCUUGGUGUCAACAUAUACCGUGAAUUUCCCCGUCGAAUGCCAACUCUCGUCGAACAACCAAUUCUCAAAGAAGCAAUGCGUCGUCGUAAUCGUCUUGCUCGAUUCCACUACGGCCAAUCUUAUCGUCGCCACCCGAAAUUCCGUUGGCGUCUCAAACCUUCUACAAACUUUCAAUCUACCUCCUCCAGAAAACGAUCACUUUCAUAA